UUACCAGCCAGCAUAAGAAAAUAACUGAAAUAUUAUGUAAAAAAUAUUGCUGAAUAUUUAUUAUACAUUAUUUUGCAUGCAAAUGAAUAAAAAACUAUAAUUAUAAUCAAUAAAAUUGCUUUAACAAGAAGGUAAAAUGUUAGGUUAAAUUCAUGGUUAAUUUCAAGAAUUGUCACUGUCAAAUCCUGGGUUUUGGAAUUUCUGGGAAUACAGUUGUUUUCUUGUUUAUGUAAUCUUCAAGUCAUACAUUUCUUCUGUAAAAAAAAUUUGAAGUAAAAAUGUUGAAACAACAGGUAUUCACAAGAUGUCUUGUACCUACCGUUCUGGCAGCCGUAGCCACAGAUACCAAAGAGAAAGCUGUAUCUGACAAUAAAAUUGAUCCAAAACUGUGUAGGCCAAGUGAACUACCAUUAUACACACCUGAUCCUAUCCAUAAUGUUAAACAAAUUGAUGAUAGUGAAAGCAAUCAACUUGAAGAAGCAAUAAGGGCUACCAGGUUGAAAUUAGUUGAGAUUAACAAAGAAGUCGAAGCUUAUAAGAGGGUAGGAGUUGAACAGUUUGAGAAAGGAAAAGAUGAAUUAGAUUGGGUUGUAAAUUACCUAAGACAAGAAGAUAACACUCUGCCAAAAGUAGGUGCCAUAGGAAUUGGUGGUCUAACCGGUCUUAUAUUUGGUCUCAGGGGUGGUUUUAUCAAGAAAACUGUUUAUGCUGCUGUAGGUGCUCUGGGUAUAUCAGCUGUAUGUUAUCCCAAAGAAGCAUCCGAGUAUUCUCAAGUGGCACUAACCGAAGGCAAAAAAUAUGCAGUAGUAGCAUAUAACUUCGUUCAUGGAGUGAAAAAAGAUGAUCCACCAUUAGAACUUCCUUCUCUGCCUAAAUUGCCAACUAGCUUAGAUGAGGCUUGGGAAUCCGUGAAAUCAUUCGUUUCAUCUGAUUCAUCUGAAAAGACACCAGAAAAAAGUAAAGAUCAACAAUAAAAGGUAGCCAUCUUGACGUAAUGUGGUGAUUUAUCAUACAUCAGCCACUGAAGUAAUGCAACUGUACAUAUUUUAAAAGUAAAUUAUACCGAUAUUGUUUUGUUUUUGUAUUAUAAAAAUGCUUAUUCGAUGUCAAUAAAAAUUAUAUAUACUGA